GAGGGUCUGGGCGGCACUCGCCAGCAGCCGGCAGCAAUGGGCAAAGGCGGCAACCAGGGCGAGGGGGCUACCGAGCACGAGGCGCCCGCGCCCACCUUCACCUGGGAGGAGAUCCAGAAGCACAACGUGCUCCACGACAGGUGGCUCGUCGUCGACCGUAAGGUCUACAACAUCACCAAGUGGGCCAACCGGCACCCGGGGGGCCGGCGGGUCAUCGGGCACUAUGCGGGGGAAGAUGCCACGGAUGCCUUCCGAGCCUUCCACCCUGACCUCAACUUGGUGCGCAAGUUCUUGAAGCCCCUGCUGGUUGGGGAGCUGGCCCCAGGGGAGCCGGGUCAGGACCACAACAAGAAUGCCCAGCUCACUGAGGACUUCCGGGCCCUGCGCAAAACAGCGGAGGACAUGAAGCUGUUCAAGACCAACCACCUGUUCUUCCUGCUGUACCUGACACACAUCAUCGUCAUGGAGACCAUCGCCUGGCUCAUCCUCCGUUACUUUGGCACCGGCUGGGUCCCCACCCUCCUCACGGGCUUCAUCCUCACUACCUCUCAGGCCCAGGCCGGGUGGCUGCAGCAUGACUACGGCCACCUCUCUGUCUACAAGAAGUCCCUGUGGAACCACCUCGUCCACAAGUUCAUCAUUGGCCACUUAAAGGGUGCCUCAGCCAACUGGUGGAACCACCGCCACUUCCAGCACCAUGCCAAGCCUAACAUCUUUCAAAAGGACCCAGAUGUCAACAUGCUACAUGUGUUUGUCCUGGGCAAGUGGCAGCCCGUCGAGUACGGCAAGAAGAAGCUGAAAUACCUGCCCUACAACCACCAGCACGAGUACUUCUUCCUGAUUGGGCCCCCGCUGCUCAUCCCCAUGUAUUUCCAGUACCAGAUCAUCAUGACCAUGAUCACUCGCAGAGACUGGGUGGAUCUGGCCUGGGCCUUGAGUUACUACAUCCGCUUCUUCUCCACCUAUGUGCCCUUCUUCGGCGUCCUGGGGGCCGUGCUCUUCCUCAACUUCAUCAGGUUCCUCGAGAGCCACUGGUUCGUGUGGGUGACACAGAUGAACCACAUCCCCAUGGAGAUCAACCAGGAGAAGCACCAGGACUGGUUGAGCAGCCAGCUGGCGGCCACCUGCAACGUGGAACAAUCCUUCUUCAACGACUGGUUCAGUGGCCACCUCAACUUCCAGAUUGAGCACCACCUCUUCCCCACCAUGCCACGGCACAACUUCCACAAGGUCGCCCCCCUGGUGAGAUCCCUGUGUGCCAAGCAUGGCAUCGAGUACCAGGAGAAACCGCUGCUGAGGGCACUGCAGGACAUUGUCAGGUCCCUGAAGGAGUCUGGGGAGCUGUGGCUGGACGCCUACCUCCACAAGUGAAGCUGCUGCUUCCGGGGGACCACGGGGAAGGGGGAGCAGGUGGGGGUGAUGGCCAGUGGGUGGGUGGGGUUUUGUUCUGAGGGGUGUGACUUCUGUUCCCCUUCUCGCCUGUCUUCUUCCUCCAGUCUCCUCCUUCCAUCCUCUCUGCCUUUAAAGACCAGGGCUCCACAGACCUGGCCUGUGACCUCCCCAUCCUCCACCCCAGCAGCCGGCACCAAGCCUCACAUACCCUCGUUUCUCCCUCAGAAGCUCUUGAAGGCCUCAGGGCAAGAUGGCUCCUGGCCCAUCAGGCACCUUCCUCUAUAACCUCCAGGAAACCCCACCUGUGGUGCUGGCUCAGACCUGGGGUCCCAAGACCCUCCUCCAGUUCAUAUCCACCCACCCCUUUCUCCCCAACUCCAGCCUGUGUGAUCUUGGGGGCAAGGAGCCUGAGGACACCCCAGACAAGUGGGCCCAGCUGGGACUGGCUCAGCCUCACUCCCUUUCCCCAACUCAGAUGUUUGUCUUUUUUUUUUUUUUUUAUUGUUGUUAUUUUUUUUUUUCAGAGAGAAAUGGAGAGAGGAGGGGGAGAGAAAGAUAGCCACCUGCAGACCUGCUUCACCGCCUGUGAAGUGACUCCCCUGCAGGUGGGGAGCCGGGGGCUCGAACUGGGAUCCUUCAGCCAGUCCUUGCGCUUUGCACCACGUGCGCUUAACCUGCUACACUACUGCCCGACUCCCACAGAUGUUUGUCUUGACAGACAGGAGGCCUGAGACCCAGACCCACACACACCCCCCCAACUUCAGCAGCACCUGGGGCGGGGGUCCCUGGCCACCUGGCCCCACACCAGCCUCUGGGCUCAGGAGGGUGCCAUGUUGGCGUGGCCUGUGUGUACACGUACUGCCUUCCACUCUUUAGCAGCUUUUACUGAUUUUUUUUUUUUUCUCCUUUAACCUUUUAAUACUGGGGACACUCUUUCCAGGGUGGCAGCAAGGCUGGGCCUUGUGGCAAUCUUUUCCCCCUGAAAAGCCCUUGAGGGGUGGGGUCCCAGGCCCCCAAACCUGCAGGGGACUGAGUGGCAUUGUGGGGAGGUGGAGGAGUGAGGGAGGAGGUGUUCUGAGGAGCUGGAGUGGAGGAGGGGCCCUGAGGAGUGGGGCCUGAGGCUGAGUUCUGGGCUGGAGGCCAGGAGGCUGAGGAGGCCAGAAAGUGAGGGGAGGGACCCCAGCGAGAGCAGCUAGAAGUCUAACGCACUAACCAACGCUUAGUUUGGGGGAGGGCAAAGUAGGAACAGCUUGGAGUGGGGGAAAGUCUGGGAGAGGGCACGUUUGAUCCCCCAGCUCUGGCUGUCAUGGGGGGAGGGGUUGCGGGGGCAGUUCCUAGUGCGACCCUACCUCCCCUGCUGCUAUGCUUCCCCACCUCUGUGUUUUUGGGGAGGUUUUUCUUUGUUUUUGGAAAUAAAAGAAACAGUUUUAUUCUCCUGUGUA